AUGGAGACCGAAAGGAUGAUAGAAGAUACUAUACCUCCACAGGUUACGUCAAUCACGUGUGUGGACAGCGGUGUGCGGCCAACGCCAAGCAGUGCAGCAUAUACAGCAGAACGUGAUGCCUGCCUCAACUACUUCUCAAGAUGGAAUGAGACGGACCAGGUGGAGUUUGUGGAGCAGCUGUUGGCGCGGAUGUGUCACUAUCAGCAUGGGCACAUCAAUGCAUACCUCAAACCUAUGCUACAGAGGGAUUUCAUCAGCAUGCUGCCUAAGAAAGGUCUUGACCAUGUGGCAGAAAAUAUCCUAUCUUACCUGGAUGCCAGUUCACUUUGUGCAGCAGAACUUGUCUGUCGGGAGUGGCUGCGAGUUAUCUCGGAGGGCAUGCUGUGGAAGAAACUGAUCGAGAGGAAAGUCAGGACCGACUCGCUUUGGCGGGGUCUGGCUGAGAGACGGGGAUGGAUUCAAUACUUAUUCAAACCGAAGCCUGGCUGUCAGCAUCCAUCACACUCUUUCUACAGACAGUUAUACCCCAAGAUUAUAAAGGACAUUCAGUCUAUUGAGGACAACUGGAGAAUGGGAAAACACAAUUUGCAGAGGAUAAACUGUAGAUCAGAGAACUCGAAAGGCGUUUACUGUUUGCAGUACGACGACAGCAAAAUAGUUUCCGGUUUAAGAGAUAACACUAUCAAAAUAUGGGACAGGAAAACGUUGCAGUGCGUCAGGGAACUGCAAGGUCACACAGGCUCAGUCCUUUGCUUACAAUAUGACGAGCGAGCCAUCAUCUCGGGGUCAUCAGACAGCACUGUUCGAGUUUGGGACGUCAACACAGGAGCGAUGCUAAACACUCUGAUACACCACUGUGAGGCUGUGCUGCAUCUUAGAUUUUGUAAUGGCAUGAUGGUCACCUGUAGUAAGGAUCGUUCAAUAGCAGUGUGGGACAUGACAUCGACGACAGAAAUUAUGUUAAGGAGAGUGUUAGUUGGUCACAGGGCAGCGGUGAACGUGGUAGACUUCGAUGAAAAAUAUAUCGUCAGUGCCAGUGGGGAUCGUACUAUUAAGGUAUGGAACACGUCGUCGUGCGAGUUCGUGCGGACGUUGAACGGCCACAAGCGCGGGAUCGCGUGCCUGCAGUACCGCGAGCGGCUCGUCGUGUCCGGCUCCUCCGACAACACCAUCCGCCUCUGGGACAUCGAGUGCGGCCAGUGCAUCCGCGUGCUGGAGGGACACGAGGAACUCGUGCGGUGUAUACGGUUUGACAACAAGAGAAUAGUGAGCGGUGCGUACGACGGCAAGAUCAAAGUGUGGGACCUCCCCGCCGCGCUCGACGUGCGCACUCCGCACCAGGACCUCUGUCUACGGACACUCGUGGAGCACACGGGGCGAGUGUUCCGGCUGCAGUUCGACGAGUUCCAGAUCGUGUCUUCGUCGCACGACGACACGAUCCUGGUGUGGGACUUCCUGAACUACGGCGGCGCGUCCCCCGCGCCCGCGCCCCUCGCCCCGCGCGCGCGCUCGCCCGACCACGAGCGGGACCUCUACGACUAG